AUGUUCGCUCUGAAUAAUUUGAGAGGAACGGAUAAAGAUAAUGAUGAGAAUUCAUCUACGAAAUAUUCAGUGUUAGAAUCAUCAUCCUCAACGUCUUCAGGGACGAAACGUCCAACAAAGAUUAAUCCUCCAUUAUGGAAUACGUGGGAAUUUGGCUUUUAUUAUUUUAUUGUUACAAUUUCCAUUAUUCUUAUGUUUAAGGUUGGACAUGAUUUGAGUAAAGGAAUGAUGUCAAUAGAUAGUGAAUUUAAAACGCAUCCAAACUAUACGAAAUAUUCUCAGAGAUUACAAGAUGGAUGGUUAUUUAAUCGUAAAGUGGAUAAUAGUGAUAUACAAUUCGCAUCAUUUCGCAACCAUUAUGGUGCAUUAAUCCUUGCCUUAGUUAUUUACCUUGUUUUAAGUCAUUUAUAUCAAUUUUUUUUUGUACCAAAACCCCCAGCAAAAUUUCAGAGUCAACCUCUUAUAAGGACAUAUUUUUUCUUGGGUACAAAUUAUCUUAUACCAAAAGUAUUUGAAGGCUCGAUCGCAAAUCCAAUAAUAACUUGGAUAUUUAAUUUGGGAGUUUUGUUUUUAAAUGAAUCUUAUGGCAAUUACGGGUUUGGAAAUCUUAAUGAAAACUUGGCAUUUUUGGAUAACAAUCGUGGACUAAUAACCAGAUGGGAUGUCACUUUCAACAUAUGUAUGUUGCGGCUUGUGUCCUUUAAUAUGGAUUAUUAUUGGUCAUUUCACCCCUCUAACAAUUCCCCUGAGGUAAUCUUAGGAGAAUCGCAUAGAAAUGAUAGGGACCUUGCUCCUCUCACUGAAAAGGAUCGGAUCAUUGGACCAUGUUUUCAUGAAGACUAUAACUUUGUUUAUUAUUUAAGUUACGCUUUAUAUGCACCAUUGUAUCUAGCUGGUCCAAUUAUUACUUAUAAUAACUUUAUAGCUCAAUUGAGAUAUCCAUCUGAAAUAAAUCUCAAGGAAACAUUAAUAUACGGAGUUAGGCUUUUCAUUACAAUAAUGAUAAUGGAAUUUAUGCUUCAUUAUACAUACGUUGUUGCUAUUUCUAAAUCAAAAGCAUGGGAAGGUGAUUCACCACUUGAACUUGCUAUGAUUGGUGUUCUCAAUUUACAAUUGGUUUGGUUAAAGUUAUUGAUUAUCUGGCGUUUCUUUAGAUUUUGGGCAAUGUCAGAUGGAAUAAACACUCAAGAAAAUAUUUUAAGGUGCAUGUUAAAUAAUUAUUCGACUGCUGGAUUCUGGCGUAGCUGGCAUCGAAGCUAUUAUAGGUGGUUAAUUCGAUAUAUUUAUAUUCCACUUGGUGGAAAUAAACGUACUACACUUAAUAUGUUGAUCAUUUUUAUAUUUGUAGCUUUGUGGCAUGACAUCUCAUUAAAAUUAUUAGCAUGGGGUUGGCUAAUUUGGAUAUUUAUUUUACCAGAAACUAUUGCUAAAACACUUUUUUCUUCACAAGAAUGGGUUGAUUGGCCACAUUAUCGACAUUUUUGUGCUGUUGGUGCUAUAUUAAACCUUUUGAUGAUGUGGGCUGCAAAUCUAGUCGGAUUUGUCGUUGGUUUAGAUGGGAUGAAAGUUUUAUUUACAAAUAUUUUCAUGACUCCUAUAGGAUUAAUGGAACUUGGAAUUGCCUGUAUUGUACUCUUUGGUGGUUCACAGAUACUUUUUGAAAUUAGAGAGGAAGAAAAAAGAAGAGGCAUUAAUUCUGAUAUUAGAUAUUAA